AUGACGAAUUGGCUUACUGGAAGAUUUAUUGGACCCAUUAACUUUUACAAUAGGUACGGUGAUGCUCAAUGCAUAAAUGAUUAUGCUUCAUAUAAAAAAGAAAUCGAACAAGCAAUUGACAAUUUUGAAAAAAAUAAUUCUGGGAAUUAUUACAGAGCAUGGGAAAAAUUAAAUAAAUAUAUAACAGAAAAAAAUAAUAGUUUAAAGGAAUGUUAUACAAAACGAUAUAUAAAAGUUCCUUUAAUUGAAGAUGAUAAUAUAAAGAAAUUUAUGAAGAGAUGUUCUACAAACGGUAGAUGUAAUAAUCCAUCGCGGCAAGCUCAAAGAACUGCUUCAUCAAAUCCAAAAACAAAAGGAUCCUGUAAAGGGCCAAAUGAUUGUAAAGAACCAGCAGCACCAACAGAAGCGAAACCCCAAACCAAGCCAACAGCUGCUGUAUUAGCAUCCAAAGCUACAACUUCAAGUAGACAAAAUUCCGAUGAUCAAGGUAAAAACCAUGCUGCUGUACCAGGAUCAAGAACUGGAAGCUUAAAUUUACAGUCACAAACAGGCAUAGGCCAUUCUGUUUCUUCUGUUGUAGCUGAUAAUACAGCACCUGAACAAAGGGAUAAUACCCAUUCAGGAGUUUCUGGACAAACGGAGACUCAGACGCAAAGUGCAUCCGCCUCCGCUCUUAAAAAAGAAAACAUAUUAGACCCCCAUCCAAGAAAUGCUUCUUCACAGAGUAUCUCUGACGGAGGAUCUCUUUCAAUUAGUACUACUCCAUUAAUAGUUUUAGAAACAAAUAAUCAUCAAGGUGGCCCACAUGGUAAUAAAGAUCUAAGUGGUGAAUCUCUUGGUGAACAUGCUACUGGUGUUGAAAGUGUUGAAGGUAAAAGCACUAGUGAUAAGGAUUGUGCUAAAACUUCCUGUCCAGAGAAUCUUACUGGAGGGACACCUGGUAGAGGAGAAAAUGUUGAUGGACAUUCUCAACAGAUAGUUGCUAAUAGUGUAGUUACUGAUAGGAUAUCUGUUUUUUCUGGAGAUUCCGUUAGUGUAGACCUUAAGACUGCAAAUUAUGAUAAAGUACUUCCUGUUCAUUUACCUGCAGGCGAUAGAGAUGCUAAUCCUUUAACUCCUGGAUGUGAAAAUUCUCAUGGAGUAAAUUGUCAGAGUAAAGUCUCUGGUGUUAAACCUACUGAAGAAAAUCCUGAAAGUUAUGACGCUGUUGAAAAUCCUCGUAGUGGGGUAAGUACUGAUGAAAUUACUUGCGUUGUAGGAAUAAUUAAUAACACUAGUUCUUGGAAAUUAUAUAUUGAUAAGAAAAAUAGUAAUAUUGUUGAUGAUUCACUGCAUUCUUCAUAUGAAUGUGAUUUAACUUUUACUGUUAAUGAUUCCUACAGUCGUGCAACUUCUAUGGUACGAAAUAACGAUUAUAAAUACUUAUGCUAUUGUAAAAAAUUCUACAAAAUUUACAGGAUGUAUCAUCUCAUGGAUCACAGAUUACUCAAAAACAUCAGGAGGAUUCAGAAGCAGAAGGAAAAGAAUCAAAACAAAGGGAACAACCAGAAUCACGCCAAUAUGAUAAAUUGGGAGAGGAACAACAAUUACAUAUAUGUUCACAAAAAAAUCUUGGAGGAUCUUCACCCUCUUCCCAUGGCAUAUGUGUAUCACACGAGUCAAAUUAUGCAAAAAGUAAACAUUCCUAAAAAAUUGCCUCUUAUAAAUAAUACCAAUUGCAUACACAGUUGUUAA